AUGGGCUUCCUGCCAGACACACCUAGAAACCACACCACUGCGUUCAUUUCAGAACUUGCAGGCACCUUUAUGUUUCUAUUUUUCGCCUUUGCGAUCGCUCAGGUCGCGAACACCCCGCCCCCAGACGGUUCUAGCUCACGACCGGAUAUCUUGAAAAUCUUCUUUAUUGCCCUCGGAUUCGGCUCCUCGGUUGCAGUGAAUGUAUGGUUGUUUUAUAGGGUCAGCGGGGGCAUGUUCAAUCCAGCAGUGACUUUGACACUAUGUCUCGUCGGUGCAGUACCACCAAGCCGAGGCUGCGUGGUCUUCGCAGCUCAGAUGAUCGGUGGGAUCGCUGCGGCUGGUGCCGUGUCUGCUACACUUCCGGGGCCAAUGGCUGUGAAUGUGCGAUUGGGAGGUGGGUGUUCAAUAUCUCGUGGCCUCUUUAUUGAAAUGUUCGCCACGAUGCAAUUAGUCUUCGCGGUGAUUAUGUUGGCCGCCGUGAAACACAAGGCCACUUUUCUUGCCCCGAUAGGAAUUGGUCUUGCAUUGUUUAUUGGACAUCUUAUGAGUAUUUAUUAUACUGGGGCAGGAAUCAACCCAGCGCGAGCGUUCGGUCCAGAUGUUAUUACCCAUAGCUUCCCCGGCUACUCGUGGAUUUAUUGGGUUGGGCCAUUACUGGGUUCUCUUGUCUCUGCAGGAUUCUUCUAUGUCCUCGAGGCUUUCAAUUGGAAAACUGCAAAUCCGGGACAAGACUGGGAUGAUUUGGAAACCCAAAUGGUAGUACCAUUGAAAAAGACUGAUAGACCCAACGUGGCAUUAGCAACAUUUGUACGAAUGUCGCAAGAUACUACAGUCGGUGGAUCCGGCGAAGAAGACAAGAAUAUUAAUAUUACGAACUAG